AUGGCUGGCCUUUCAAACGUGAUGGAGGCCCUGGUCGGGGAUCGUUCAACUUUGACUCGACUUGCAAAUUAUGGUCUUGGAAAAUCAUCCGGCAGUGGAGUGAAGAUCAAAUCAAUUCCCAUUCCAUCUAUAUCAGAGAACGAAGUCUUGGUUCGGGUAGCCUGGGUCGCACUUAACCCUACGGAUUUUAAACAUGUCGAUAUUCUCUCCCCACGAGGAGCUAUCAUCGGCUGCGAUUUUGCGGGGACUGUGGCGAAAGUUGGGUCUCAAGCAGCCAAUAAAUGGGCUGUUGGUGACAGGAUAGCUGGAAUGGUUCAUGGUGGAUUGUUUCCCGAUCGUGGAUCAUUCGCCCAAUACCUCAAAACAAGUGGUGAUUUGGCUUGGAAAGUUCCGCCUGGGGUUAGCGACGAAGAUGCGACUACAUUUGGUGUUUCGGCCAUUACUGCGAUGCUUGCAUUGAACACGCGAUUGGAUGUUCCUUGGCUUGCAGAGAAUGCGAAUCAAGGGCAAGGUCCGAGUCGGGGAGACACGCCAAUCCUGAUAUAUUCAGGCGCAACUGCAGCCGGCAUUUAUUCCAUCCAGCUUGCUAAGCUAGCGGGCCUGACAGUCGUGGCCACGGCAUCACCACGCUCUUUUGACCUGGUGAAAAGAUAUGGCGCAGACGAGGUCUUCGAUUAUAGAGACCAAGCGGCUGUUGACCAGAUAAUUCGAGCAUAUCCCAACCUCGACCGGGCGAUGGACUGCUUUUCUGAAGGCAAUUCGACCGAGUUUUGCGCGAAAUGUGUCCGGAAAAACAAGGGGAAGGUGGUAACAUUACUUGACAGUGGAAAAUCCACCAUGGAUGGAGUGCAAAUCGAAUUCAUACUUGGAUACACUGUUUUUGGGUCGGAAUUUCAAUGGCUUCCUCCCUUCGGACCAAAGUUCCAGAAAAUACCGUCUGAUAAUGAAGCGCUACGUCGUUUUUAUUCAACAUUUCCCACUAUUGUUACGCAGCUAAGACCGCCACCUUUGAAAAUCAUUGACCCAGGGCUAGAAAAUUUGGCCACAGGACUUGAAAUGCUUCGUCAGGGGCAGGUAUCAGGAACCAAGUUGGUUGCGCGUCUGUGA